GUGGGUUUCUCCCAGCCUUAUAUAUGGGAUCUAUAAAUGGGGUUCCAAUCGUCCAUACACAGCUUGGUUCAGAGAGAGAGAGAGAGAGACUUUUUGUAGAGAAUAUAAAUGGGAAGAAGACCUUGCUGUGCCAAAGAGGGACUCAACAGAGGAUCAUGGUCUGCUUGGGAAGAUAAGAUCCUCUGCAACUAUGUUGAAGUCCAUGGAGAAGGGAAAUGGAGAGACCUUCCUCAAAGAGCUGGUUUGAAAAGAUGUGGGAAGAGUUGCAGACUGAGAUGGUUGAAUUAUCUGAGGCCAGACAUUAAGAGAGGCAACAUCUCUUCGGAAGAAGAAGAACUCAUUAUCAGACUGCAUAAGCUCCUUGGCAACAGGUGGUCAUUGAUCGCCGGUAGGUUGCCGGGGCGUACGGACAAUGAAAUCAAGAACUACUGGAACACAAAUUUGAGCAAGAGAUUGCAAGCAUCCAAGGGUCAAAAUUCACCUAACAAAAAGGUCGAAAAUCCGAAAAACCAGACUUCAGGAACUGGGAAAUCAUCAGCGGAACCUCACACAGUCAUCCGAACAAGAGCAGUGCGAUGCUCCAAGGUUAUAAUCCCUCGAGUCCAGGCCGAUUUCGACGAAAACCCGUCUCCUAAAAUGGCAGUUCCCACAUCGGAGCCCUCAAGUUCAGCACUGGAACAGGGCGAAACCGCCAAUUUUUUCAUGGGCUUCGACAUUGGCGACCUCCUUACCUCUGAUGCUCUCAACUCAUUUCUAGACCAAGAUGAAGAGAUGGGUGAAAAUAACAGUAAUGGGGUGAGCGACCUCUUUCCUCCUUGUUCCGAUUUUCUCGCCCCGGAGAUUGAGAAUCAAGAAGGAGUGAGUGGUCUUCUUCAACCCAGUGAAGCUUUGGAGCUCAAGAUACUGGCAUCUUUUCUGAAUUCUGAAGAUGAAUGGAUUACUGAAAAUAAUCAAGUUCCAUAGCUUCUUCAUGCAUGUAUGCACGCAUGAACACUAAUUCUAUGUGUCUUUGCAGGGCACAGAAUUGGAAUAAGACACCAUUGUGGCUGAUUGGAUCCUUCAAUUAUAUAAUCCAUCUUGUUUGUAUUUAAGGUUUUUUUCUUUUUAUCUUUCUUCCUCAGUUAGAUUUUCCUGUGUGUUAGUACCUUUCAUUUGCACCUUUUUUAAGCCCAAUCUACCAAGUUUUUUGUA